ACCCCUCGGCCUCUGUGACUUUUAGAUCCAGAUUAGUGACGUGAUGGUGUUUACAUGCAGAUAAUAAUAGCCCAGCAAGGAAGCAAAAAAGGGGAGGGGACGCUGGCUGGCCCCGAGGAAGCCCCUCUCCCCGCUUGCUGCUCGUCUGUUUGGCUCGGUCGGCUUCCUUCUUGCCUUGCCAGCCAUCGAACCAUAUAUCUGAGAACAGCCUUAGCCAUGGCCACGGGAGGGAAGGGCCGCCAUUCCAGCAACGCCCUCUACACUAACCGACUGAUUCAUGAGAAGUCUCCUUACCUCCUUCAACAUGCCCAUAAUCCUGUGGACUGGUAUCCUUGGGGUCAGGAAGCCUUUGAUAAAGCAAAGAGAGAGGAUAAGUUGAUAUUUCUAUCAGUUGGCUAUUCAACCUGCCAUUGGUGCCAUGUGAUGGAGCAAGAAUCCUUCCAGAAUGAAGAAAUUGGUCAGGUCCUGAAUGAGAACUUUGUGUGCAUCAAGGUGGAUCGUGAGGAGCGGCCAGAUGUUGAUAAAGUCUACAUGGCUUUUGUGCAGGCAACUAGCAGUGGAGGGGGCUGGCCAAUGAGUGUCUGGUUGACUCCUGAUCUCAAACCAUUUGUAGGUGGAACCUAUUUCCCUCCUGAGGAUGGAAUUUAUCAGGUUGGGUUUCGGACUGUUCUGCUUCGCAUCCUAGAGCAGUGGAAGCGGAAUAAAGCUACUCUUUUGGAAAACAGCCAGAAAAUCCUGUCUGCACUGUUAGCCAGGACUGAUGUUGGUGCUCGAGGGGAGGAAGCACCCCCAUCCUCAAAGGAAGUGAUGACCAGAUGUUUCCAACAACUGCUGGAGUCCUAUGAUGAAGAAUAUGGUGGUUUCUCAGAGUCUCCCAAAUUUCCUACUCCAGUCAACCUGAAUUUCCUCUUCUCCUAUUGGGCUCUUCAUCGGUCAACAUCCGAAGGAGCUCGGGCACUGCAGAUAGCCCUGCACACCCUCAAGAUGAUGGCAUAUGGCGGGAUUCAUGAUCAUAUUGCCCAGGGGUUCCAUCGCUACUCCACUGACCAGCGUUGGCACGUCCCUCACUUUGAAAAGAUGCUGUAUGAUCAGGGGCAGUUGGCAGCAGCCUACAGCAAGGCAUUUCAGAUCUCUGGGGACGAAUUCUUUGCAGACAUAGCUGCAGACAUUCUGCUCUACGUUUCCCGGGAUCUGAAUGACGGGUCUGGGGGAUUCUACAGUGCAGAGGAUGCAGAUUCCUACCCCACAGUCCAGUCAACAGAGAAGCAAGAAGGGGCUUUCUGUGUGUGGACAGCUGAGGAGAUCCGGUGGAACUUGCCAGACCCCAUUGAAGGGAUUCCAGAGAGAAAGACCAUGGCAGAUGUCUUUAUGCAUCACUAUGGGAUUAAGGAGGAUGGCAAUGUGAAUCCAAUGAAGGAUCCCCACAAUGAGCUAAAAGGAAAAAAUGUCCUGAUAGUGCAGUAUUCUCUGGAACUUACAGCUGCCCGGUUUGGACUUGAGCUGGAGCAGCUGAAGAUGUUGCUUGUUAAAAGCCGGGAGCAGCUGUAUAAGGCACGGCGCCUGCGACCACGGCCCCAUCUGGACAGCAAGAUGCUGGCCUCCUGGAAUGGGCUGAUGAUUUCUGGCUUUGCUCAAAGCGGAGCCAUCUUGGGCAGGAAGGAAUACACUGAUCGGGCCAUAUGUGCGGCUUCCUUCUUGCAGAACCACAUGUUUAGUGCCACUACUGGGAAGCUGCUCAGAAGCUGUUACCGGGGGGAAGGCAACUUGGUGGAGAAGAGUUCUGUUCCCAUCUAUGGCUUCCUGGAAGACUACGUCUUUGUAAUCCAAGGACUCUUUGACCUUUAUGAGGCCUCGAUGAACCCAAGCUGGUUGGAGUGGGCGGUGCAGCUGCAGCACAAGCAAGAUGAGCUCUUCUGGGAUCCAAAGGGGUUUGCCUAUUUCUCCACUGAGGCUGCCGACCCUUCUUUGCUCCUGCGCAUGAAGGAUGAUCAAGAUGGUGCAGAGCCCAGCCCCAACUCUAUUGCCGUCACUAACCUGCUGCGGGCUGCUAGUUAUACUGGCCACAAGGAAUGGGUGAAGAAAGCAGGGCAGAUCCUGACUGCCUUCUCAGAGAGGUUACUGAAAAUUCCUGCUGUUCUCCCCGAGAUGGCCCGAGCCACUGCAGCCUUCCACCUGACCCUCAAGCAGGUUGUUAUCUGUGGUGACCCAGCAGGAGAAGACACCAGAGAGUUGCUGCACUGUUAUUAUUCCACGUACACUCCAAACCGGGUGCUGAUUCUUGCCGAUGGGGAUACGACAGGAUUCCUGUACCAUCACCUUGGCUUCCUCUCCUCUCUGGAGAGGAAAGAUGGAAAAGCCACUGCUUAUCUUUGUGAAAACUUUGCCUGCUCCUUGCCUGUCACCUCCAGCCAGGAGCUACGACGCAUGCUGCUGCUCUGAGCUGCCUCCCCUGGUAGCCCUUGCUAUGAGAAGAAGAGCCCCAGAUUUAACGAGGCAACACUCGCCGCUUGGACCUCACAAUAAAGUCCCCUUCAAAAAAAGCCUGCUUGGAACCACUUCAGCCUGCCUCUUUCUCUUUUAAUACCAUCUUCCUCCCCAUCCUCCACCCAUGGGAAGAUGCAAGUUCAGCAGUCCUCAGGUUUGUUUGCUGUUGGGGACAGACAGUUUUAGGGGUGGGAAACCUGUAACCUUUCAGCUGUUGCUGGACUCCAACUCCCAUCAGCUCCAGUCAGCAUGGCCAGUGGGUCAGGGACAAUGGGAGUCCAGCAGCAUCUAAAGAGCCACAGGUUCCCCAUUCUCUGCUUUAGGGUUUGCUUUAGGCUUGCAAAGGAAACUAAGCUAGCCCCUUACUUCCUGCACUGCUCAGGUAUGGUUUCACGUAUAAGGGUCAUCUUGCUCCCCACAAGAAUGAUACUCCCGUGGAAGUAUUUUGUGAUUAAUCCAUAGUCUACAAUGUAGACUACAACCUCUAGCUCUCUACGUAUCACAUCCUUAAUCCUUUACCUCUCUACUUAUGUAUUAUGUUUUUAUAGGACAUGUUUGUAUAGGUUUCUAAAUUAUAAAAAUAGAACCUUAUUCAGGGGCUGUGUACCUAUGACUACAAAUGCUGUGGCUGAAAAACAGAGGAUGACUCAUUUUCAUUCUGCCCUGCUGUGAGGUUCUAGAUGUAUCUGGAUGAUCGCAGUAGAGACAGAGCAUUGGGCCUGGUGGAUUUUUAUUUCUAAAUUCUUAGUUCCUAGGUUGUGUGUGUAUAUUAUAACCCUAAGAGGUAAGGAGAAACAAUCCUGCCCAUGAGACACCUGAGACUGUUUUAGCCACUGGUAUGGGUGUGACUUACUGUAUAUUUUUUUAAGCUACUGUGAAGAUGGAGAUCUGACCUUACACACAUUAGUGUGAAUGGGGAAACUGAAGCGCAAAGGUACAGUGUCCAAGACAGUUCCAUUCUAAAUGGUAUGGUAUGGUAUUGAGACAUAAAUAGAGAAGACUACAUAGCUGUAAACUCCAAACUAGUGGUAUAAUACAAGAUCUGGUGCCAUAAGGUAGAAUCCUAAGCUUAGCUUUCACUUCCAAUAAAAUAGCAAGUUUCUAGCUCUGGUAGAUUUGGAGGGAACAAAGCUGAAAAUAUGUGGAUGGUGUCUUCUAGUUUACAUUUGUAAAUGCUCCAUUGGCCGAGAAUUGCACUGCUGCCCUCCUCAUGGACCCAUAUGUCCUGAUUCUUUUCCCAGCUUCUCAAUACUUACGCUAUCAUACACCAAUCCAGAACCUGCCAACAAAUCUCCCAAACUCACUGGAAAUAUAUUUUACACCUAUAAUCAAGUAGGAGAAAAUACAUGUAUAUCAAUUAGCUUCAUUUUAGUUCUUUUUUAUCGAGGGGUAUUAAGUUUAUAAAUCUAACCUCUUGGUUUACACACUCUAAAAAUUACAACUUGUGUGUUGUUUCCCUGUACUAGAGUGUAGUAUUACAAGAACAAUCUCAUGUAGUUGGUGAGUAGCACCAAUGACAGGCUGCCGAGGACGAGGCUGCCUGCAAAUAGCACCCCGGACAGUCCGCUCUUUCUCCUGGAAAGUUAAAAAUUCUGCUUUCUGCACUUCCUUUCCUCUGCUUAAACCUUGUGCCUCCCAGUCUCCAAUGGUUCAACGCAGGACCAUGUAUAUGAUUCAGGAAAGUGCCUCUCAACAUCAGCAAGUUGUGCUGUCAGGAAAGGUGGAGAACAUUGAUACUGUUUUCAGUGUAACUAGAUAACUGACUGUUAAUGAAAAGCCAAGUUAUGCAUUUGGAAGAAUAAUUCUCUUAAGUGCCAUGGAGGCCCUAGCAACUUGCCAGCUCCCUGCUGGUGACAAAAGAGACAUUUCAACUAGAAAUACAGCCAGAACAGGCUAACACAUGAAGCCAAGAAGCUUGGGCAGAAUAGCAUUUGCUGCUGCUCCGGCUGCUCUCCAUGGCCAUGCCAGGGCAGCAUAGGCUGAAUUAUUCAGCACUGUCACCUUCUAUUGUGGACCCAGAUCUGCCCUUCAUCCAAGCAGCACUCCUGCUCCCUUGAAUCUUCUUAUGUCAGGGGUGCAGGAGUCACCAGGAAUCGAUCUUUCUUCUUGUGCCAAAUGAAUGGGGCUGGGUGCACAAGGAAAUGGGGCCACUGAAUGUCACUUUCUGGAGUGAAAGGGGCUAUUUUAGGAUGCUUUUAGGCCAUGCAAAACUGCUCCACAUUAGAUACCUUUGUAGUCAACAAAGUUCACCUCAGUUGAUUUCCAACAGUUUGAACAUUUUCUUCUCUGUUAAAUGUGUAGGAGCUGUUUGGCUAGUAGGGCAGGGAUGAGGAACCUGUGGCCUGCCAGAUGUUGCUGAACGACAGUUCCAUCAUCACUGGCUAUUGGUCACUCUGGCUGGGGCUGAUGGGGACUGAAGUCCAAAAACAUUUGGAAGGCCACAGAUCCCCGUUCCCUGUAGCAAGGUCUUCCUGCACAUUGUCCCACAUUUUGAGGAGGUGACUACCCAAGACAUGUACACUCUAUGUCAAACACAUCAGUAACUAAAUUAAAUUGAUUUGCCUCUGAAAGUACCCAUUUUUUAUUUAUGCCAUUAGGCCUGAGUCCACUUUCCUCCUUUGGAUUGAGGUGUUAUAGAUAGACAUGGCCCCUCCAUUAUGGUGAAAUGUUAUGUGUGUAUGACCUCUUCUGACUUAAAACAAGGGUGGAAUGGGUACAUCCCCCUAUGGGAUGGCACCUAAUGCAGUUCUAUUCAGGACUCCCCAUUUUACAGACAGUUGACAGUAGCUACAGCAGGGGUGAGUGACCUGCAGCCCUAGGGCCAUGUGUGGCCCUCAGACUAAUCUCAUCAUCCUUGCUUGAAUUACAUGCAGGUGGCAAGGAGAGAAAAGUGGGAAAGGGGUGGCAGAGCAAAUGAGUGAGCAAAGGGGU